CGGCCCUGCACCCCCCGCACCCAUCAGCACCAGGCCCGGAUUUGCUUAUACUUCACAAGAAUCAUGCCGCUUCCAGAUACUAUGUUCUGUGCCCAGCAAAUAAAUAUUCCCCCAGAACUCCCAGAUAUACUGAAACAGUUCACGAAAGCCGCUAUUCGGACUCAACCAACGGAUGUGCUGCAGUGGUCAGCUGGGUACUUCUCAGCUUUGUCCAAAGGAUACGCACUUCCUGUAAAAGACAGAAUGGAAAUGCCUGUGGCAACUCAGAAAACGGACACGGGACUGACGCCAGGACUCCUCAAAGUGUUACACAAACAGCUCUCUUCAAAGGGCGAAGUGGAAAUACCAGAACUGGAGGAGAAAUGGAAAGUUCUGUGUUUGCCCAUUGAGAAACUGAGAUUCAUUCUACAACUGGGUGACUUUAAAACCAAAGUAGAGUGGAUGAAAUUUCUAGCACUCGGAUGUAGCGCACUUGGUGGGACAAUAAGCAGUGCCCUGAAACAUGCCUGUGAAAUUUUGACCACCGACCCAGAGGGAGGACCCGCUCGUAUUCCAUUUGAGACCUUUGCCUUUAUCUACAAAUAUCUGGCUCAAUUAGAUGGAGAAAUAUGUCCAGCUGAUACUGAAUCUUUCCUGAAUACUCUUAAGGAACAAGUGGCACUAAAGAAGGAUGGCCUGAUAGGAGUUUCAGAUUUCCUCAUUUCGAGAAAGAAGGUUUAGAGAAGAGUGAAAAUAAUUUUCCAGAAAAUGUAUGGAAGAGAGCCCUUUUUUAAAAAAAUUACAAGUGCUAGGUACUAAAUACAUCUUUGAUUUGACUAGUA